AUGAAGUUCUCCAUCGUUCUAUCUACCAUUUUCGCUGCCAUCACCAUCGCCAGCCCUACUAGCCCAGCCGCUGAAGGUAACGAAGUCCGUGGCGUCAACGACGUCUUCGAGGCCAACGAGGCUCGCGCUUGCAAGCUCCGCGACGGGCACUGCAGCAAGGAUAGCGAGUGUUGCUCGGUCGGAAACUUAAAAAUGCUUGAUAAAUACCUCCAUGAGAGUGUGCGCCAACAUCUAACGCUACAGAAGAAAUGUGCCAAGCGAUACCCCAGUGCUCCCAGUGCGCGCUGCGAUUAA